UGUGCAAAGCACGGGAUAAACUAGUGUGGUUAAAUCAGGGUACCCACUUCACUUCACCAAGACGAGGAUAGCGCGAUUCAAGAGCACCCGAGAGACAAUUGAUCACUUUGAUAUUUUUAAAUCGCUGCUAUUACACACGAUUCAAAAGGCGGCUAUUUUACUGGGAGAUACAAGCACUGAGUCAACUCGGAGCAACUUGAAAUUGUGGAGGAUUGAAUUGAGUGAGUCAGUGAGUCGACUCGUUACUUGGCUGGGUUUACUUGGAGUUUGUUCGUUGGGGUGCAGCGGAACUAGGGACGAAGGAACUUGAUGACUCAAUUUUAUACAAGACGGAGUUUGACGAGUUUGUCAAUUCGAUGUAUGGAUUUGGACGGCUCACGGAGUUGACUGGGACCGAGUUUCUGUGUGAAAUCUGAGUUUUGACUAUAGCUAUAUGUGACUGGUGUUUGUGGUGUCCCGGCAACGGAACCAACAACAGGGGUGGUUGUGUAACUCAAGGAAUUUGGCUGACAACCUGUUUGUGAAAAUGUCUCAAUGAACUGGCGCAACAAGAACAAUGAGGCACAGAUGAGGAUUAGCGGAAGCAAUUGAGAUAUAACCCGUACGUACAAGCUAGAAGCAGGAUUGACCAGCUGAAGCGGUUGGGCCACAGUAUAGAUAAGGUCGAGUUCAUCUUGAUGGGUGGUACUUUCAUGUCAUUGCCUGCAGAAUAUCGAGAUUACUUCACAAGGAAUCUUCAUGAUGCUUUAUCAGGACAUACAUCUGCAAAUGUGGAAGAGGCAGUUGCCUACUCUGAACACAGUGCAAUAAAGUGUAUUGGAAUGACUAUUGAGAAGCCAGAUUACUGCCUUGGGCCUCAUUUAAGGCAGAUGCUUUCUUACGGCUGUACACGUCUGGAAAUUGGAGGACAGAGCACAUAUGAAAAUGUGGCUCGUGACACUAAUAGAGGCCACACAGUAGCUGCUGUGGCUGAUUGCUUUUGCCUCGCAAAAGAUGCUGGGUUUAAGGUUGUUGCUCAUAUGAUGCCUGAUCUUCCAAAUGUUGGUGUUGAGAGGGACUUGGAAAGUUUUAAGGAAUUUUUUGAAAGCCCUUUAUUCAGAACAGAUGGUCUCAAAAUCUACCCCACACUUGUUAUCCGUGGAAUUGGACUUUAUGAACUUUGGAAAACAGGAAGGUAUAGAAACUAUCCACCUGAACAGCUUGUGGACAUUGUAUCUCGGAUUUUAGCAAUGGUACCCCCCUGGACACGUGUUUAUAGAGUCCAACGGGAUAUUCCAAUGCCACUAGUUACUUCUGGAGUUGAGAAAGGGAAUCUUCGGGAACUAGCUUUAGCUCGGAUGGAUGAUUUGGGGUUGAAAUGCCGAGAUGUUCGGACCCAUGAAGCUGGUAUUCAGCCAGGAGAAGUUGAGCUUGUUCGCCGUGAUUAUACUGCGAACGAGGGUUGGGAAACUUUUCGUAUGAAGAUACUCGCCAGGAUAUUCUUGUUGGAUUACUGCGGCUGCGAAAAUGUGGAAGGAACACCACUUGCCCUGAACUCCUUGGUAAAUGUUCUAUUGUUCGUGAACUUCAUGUUUAUGGUACAGCAGUUCCAGUACAUGGCCGUGAUGCUAAUAACCUGCAACAUCAGGGUUAUGGCACACUGCUAAUGGAGGAGGCAGAACGAAUUGCUCGUAGAGAGCACAGGACCAAAAAGAUAGCUGUUAUUUCUGGUGUAGGAACGCGGCACUAUUAUAGGAAGUUGGGUUAUGAACUUGAAGGACCUUACAUGGUAAAGUAUCUUGUAUAAGAUAAGGGGGCUGUUUGUCUUCUGCUUUUCUUGACCUGUUUGUGUAAAUAAGUAGAAGCACUUUUAAAAUGCUGAGCAUGCUAGCUUCUCUCAGAGCUUCUGCUUCUUUUCCAAACACUUUAUUAACUUAUCCACUUCUGACUUUUGAUCCA